AUGGCGGUGGGGCAGCGGCACUUCUCUCUGGAUCCGUGCGGCCCGCAGCAUCAGGAGGUUUUCCCUGCGUUCUCUAGGCAGAGGCUGGCCAGCGGCGGCCAUGGAGGCAUGCUGAGCCCUCCCUCGCAAGCCUUCGGCGACGACUCUCUGUCCCCGCGAACGGACGCUCUCGGCAGCCCUGACGGGUUUGUGCGCAACACACCAUGUGGCUUCCAGGGGACCGGCAGUCCUGGGGCCAUGCACAGCAGCAGCCGCCGCAUCCCUCUGUCUUCUCCUGGAGUCAUGAUGCACGGCUCGCCCGCCUCCCAGUCGUCCUGCAUCAUGGCUGGAAGGACAAACAUGCCUCUGUCCCCUUCGGUCCCCAAGAAGAGCCCCAUCAUGAAGAAGCCCCUGUGCAGCUACCCGCCGGGCAUGGACUCCAGCAGGACUGUGUUUCAUCACAAGGCCCUGUCUGCUCCCGCCUGCGCCCUGCAGAGCAAGCAACUGAGCUUCGAGAAGGACCCUCUUGGCAUCCUGGAUCCGAUUCCCAGUAAACCCAACCCUUCCGCUUUCCAGCCCAGCGCCCACUCUCAGGUACCAAUGAUGAAUGUAAACAUCCCCCCCACCAUCGUCCCGCUGCCGAGUAAUCUGCCUCUGCCCUCGGUGAAGCCGGGGCCGGUGGGUCACAUGCAGAGGACUCAGCACACCGCCUCCGUCUCCCCGUCCCCCGUCACCACGCCCGUGCACAUGUCCGGGCCGGCCUUGGGCCGCAUGGAGGCGUCUCCGCAGCGCUCCCGCUCCUCCUCCACCUCCUCUGAGCAGGGCAGCUUCACUGUCCCCCCCUGCGGAAGCAUGAAGGUCCCGCCGCGCUCGCCCAGGUCCUCCAUGAGCUCGCCCCGGCCCGCUCUGCCCUCCAGCCCGUCUGGCAAACCGGACACUCUCCACCAGUACAAAGACAUGCCCAGCCAGCUGCUGGCCGGAAUGAGUGCUCAGCACAACCCCAUGUAUCUGCCGGCCCCGGGUGCCGCCCCCCAGAAGGAGCACCCGGGCCUCUUGGGAAUGCCACUGAACCAGAUCCUUAACCAACACAACGCUGCCUCUUUCCCCGCCAGCAGCCUCCUCUCAGCGGCCGCCAAAGCACAGCUAGCAAAUCAAAACAAGCUGGGGAGCGGCGGGACGAGCGCGGGGCCGUCUGAUGCCGGCAGGGCCGUCGAAGGCCACAAUGCUCUAAAUUCCAUGCUGCCACCCAACCCCGGCAUGAUCGUGGCCGGCGGCGAGGGCCAGAGCGGACGCGCCGCGCUUCGGGACAAGCUGAUGGCGCAGCAGCGCGACCCUCUCCGCAAGCGCAAGCUUCCUACCAACGCUAACCACGACAGUGCUUUCUUCAUGAGGACGCCCUGCCCCUCGACCGAGCAGAUGAGAAAAACCACCCGGCUGCCCUCCAACACGUCGAUGGCUCAGCUGCUGCAGUCUCUGAGCAACCACAGCUCGCACGGGCCCCGGGGCCGUAGCUUGUGCGAGGAGCGGCUGCAUGGCCCUGGAGUGGAGUCUGCGGCGCGGUAUCCGGCCGGGAUCAACCAGAUGCAGGCCACGGCGUUGAGAAACUGCGGGCCCAUGAACCAAAGCGGACAAGUUCCUCUCGGAAACCACGUGAUGGGACACGCAAACGCUCACUUUCAGCCGCGUGUCCUGCCGAACGUCAACUGCAUGCUGCCCGGCGGUGCUGACGCCACGACCAACGCAGCGUUGGUACCAAUGAUGAAUGUAAACAUCCCCCCCACCAUCGUCCCGCUGCCGAGUAAUCUGCCUCUGCCCUCGGUGAAGCCGGGGCCGGUGGGUCACAUGCAGAGGACUCAGCACACCGCCUCUGUCUCCCCGUCGCCCGUCACCUCUCCCGUGCACAUGUCCGGGCCGGUCUUGGGCCGCAUGGAGGCGUCUCCGCAGCGCUCCCGCUCCUCCUCCACCUCCUCUGAGCAGGGCAGCUUCACUGUCCCCCCCUGCGGAAGCAUGAAGGUCCCGCCGCGCUCGCCCAGGUCCUCCAUGAGCUCGCCCCGGCCCGCUCUGCCCUCCAGCCCGUCUGGCAAACCGGACACUCUCCACCAGUACAAAGACAUGCCCAGCCAGCUGCUGGCCGGAAUGAGUGCUCAGCACAACCCCAUGUAUCUGCCGGCCCCGGGUGCCGCCCCCCAGAAGGAGCACCCGGGCCUCUUGGGAAUGCCACUGAACCAGAUCCUUAACCAACACAACGCUGCCUCUUUCCCCGCCAGCAGCCUCCUCUCAGCGGCCGCCAAAGCACAGCUAGCAAAUCAAAACAAGCUGGGGAGCGGCGGGACGAGCGCGGGGCCGUCUGAUGCCGGCAGGGCCGUCGAAGGCCACAAUGCUCUAAAUUCCAUGCUGCCACCCAACCCCGGCAUGAUCGUGGCCGGCGGCGAGGGCCAGAGCGGACGCGCCGCGCUUCGGGACAAGCUGAUGGCGCAGCAGCGCGACCCUCUCCGCAAGCGCAAGCUUCCUACCAACGCUAACCACGACAGCGCUUUCUUCAUGAGGACGCCCUGCCCCUCGACCGAGCAGAUGAGAAAAACCACCCGGCUGCCCUCCAACACGUCGAUGGCUCAGCUGCUGCAGUCUCUGAGCAACCACAGCUCGCACGGGCCCCGGGGCCGUAGCUUGUGCGAGGAGCGGCUGCAUGGCCCUGGAGUGGAGUCUGCGGCGCAGUAUCCGGCCGGGAUCAACCAGAUGCAGGCCACGGCGUUGAGAAACUGCGGGCCCAUGAACCAAAGCGGACAAGUUCCUCUCGGAAACCACGUGAUGGGACACGCAAACGCUCACUUUCAGCCGCGUGUCCUGCCGAACGUCAACUGCAUGCUGCCCGGCGGUGCUGACGCCACGACCAACGCAGGUGAUGCGGCGGCGCUGAGCUGCAGCAUGGCUAACACUCCUCAGAUGAUGGCGUCCGCGGGGCACCUGUACCAUCAGCAGCAGCAGCAUCCGGCGCUGCACGUCUCUGCUUAUCCGGGCCAGGGCCAUUCCUUCACUACGGCUCCUUUCACAGACAGUAGUGUUCCUAACUCCAACAGCUUGUCUUGCCUGUACCAGGAUUAUCAGGGCUGCAUGCCUGACGGCGUCCCGCCGGCUAUGAGCUCUCUCUCUGGAGACGCAGGCCUGUACCGCGACGCUCCGCAGAAGCUGCAGGGUGAGGUUUCUGUGCUGGGGGGCUCUGGAGGUCAGAGUUCGGUGGAUGCGAUCUACAGAGCGGUGGUGGACGCCGCUGGCAAAGGCAUGCAUGUGACCAUCACUACCGGCGUGAGCACACAGUCCAGCCCCGUCCCCGCGCUCAGCGCCAUGAGUGCCUUCACUGCCUCUAUCGGCCCGCCGCUCAGCCUGCCUCAUGCCGUCAGCGCCGUCAUUCACACGCCACACGGAUCCGAGGGCACGAGCCGCCCGCCGCACAACCGCAGGAGCUCAGAGCAGAACACUCCUGACGGUGCUGACACCCACGAGUUCUUCCGCUCGCCGCGGCCGCACUGGGACGAGCCCAGCCAUGCACACUGGAGAGGAGAGGAGUUUCUGGAGUGCUCCACACAGGUGUGCAGCAGCAAAGCCCUGAUGGAGUGUCUGCCGGAGAUGGCCUCCGACGCUCAGACAGACGACAGCGCUAGCCUGCGGUUUAGCCACCGCUCCAGAGAACGGCUGGAGCUCAACGGAGCGGUGCCUCGCGGAGGAUACGGGGAGCCGCUCACCGGAGACGACCAGUCGCCCGGAUCCUCCACCAGCUUGGAAGGUCCGCUGCUCAAAGACUACACUCACUUCAACGGGCACUUUAACGGACACUGUGCACCCAGCCCCUCGGACACCAGGAGCCUCAGCAGCGAGGAGGAGCUGAGGCACCCAGACUCUCCUUCAGCAGAGAUGCUGCACUACAGGCCUCGGGCCUUCAAUGUGAGCGAGCUGGUCUGGCCGAUCAAAGGCUUCCCGCCCUGGCCGAACAAACUGAUGGGAGAAGAGCAUGGGCGCAAUCCCAGCAUGCAACUGUCAGAACAGGCCAGGGUGGAACCGGAGCAGCUGAAAACACUAACACAAGACCUUCAGAUGCUGGACAGAGCCAGCAAAAAAACCAGGAAGGCGGGAAAACUGAAUCAUCAUUUAGAAGCUGCGAUUCAUGAGGCCAUGAGUGAGUUGGACAAGAUGUCUGGAACUGUUCAUCAGGAUCGUCAAGUCAAGCUGCCCAAACCCAAGAGGAGGAAGAUCUCCAGAUAACAGCAGCGUCAGUGUCUCUCUCUCUUUGAUCGUGGUGCUACACUCUAGCAGACGGCUCAUCGUGGCUCCGCCCUCAUCCAGUGACUGACAGGUGCUGGAUCAGCCAAUUAGAAAAGGCAGCAAAAACAACUUGCUGAAAAACUAUUUUUUGUAGUGUACAAGGAAAAAUAUAAAAAAUGCAAAAAAACAAAAAAGAAAAUUACUGCAUUUAAGAACACAGACAGUCCAAAUAUUUCUGAUAUGUUUUCGAUGUGUAUAUAGACAAUACAGAAAUGUCAUGGUAAAAACAUGGGAAGAAGUGUAAAUACUGUAGGGUAAUGACAUGUACAAGCCAACUCAAUGCACACUUUAUCUUCAGCUGUACAAAACACAAAACAGAAAUGUCUCAUCGGCCCAUAAGGCCCUGCGACAUUACAAUGAAUAAGAGUCAAUCUGAGACUUUUCUAAGCUUC